AAGAAGCUGUGUUCACGUUUGUGCUUGGAGUUCUCUGCUACUGAUUCCAAUAUAAAGAAAAGCAGUGGUUAGUUACUGCGCAGCCAGACUUGCAAUGCAAGUUAGUUUUACUGAAGCAAGUCUUGAUUUAAAUGGCAGCACAGAAAGGUUGGAUUUAAUUAAUGCGACUUGUACAUCAACAAUUUCAUCUACAGAUGCUGGAGAAGAAAGUGAAUGGCAAUCAUUUUACACCUCCUUUAAGACUGAACAGCUGAUCACACUUUGGAUUUUGUUUGUCAUCAUCAUAAUUGGAAACUCUGUUGUCUUAUACCUUACAUGGAAGGAGAAGAUUCGGAAGAGAAAAUCUCGCAUGACUUUUUUUGUUACACAACUUGCCAUUACAGAUGGACUUACAGGAGCUAUAAGCAUCAUGACUGAUAUAAUAUGGAGAUCUACUGGCAAUUUUAUGGCCCCAGAUAUUGUUUGUAGAAUAGUACGAUACCUACAGGUUGUCCUUUUGUAUGCAUCUACCUAUGUGUUGGUCUCUCUCAGUAUUGACAGAUAUCAUGCUAUAGUUCAUCCAAUGAAAUUUCUUCAAGGAGAGAGACAAGCCAAAGUGCUGAUUGCAGUUGCAUGGACCCUAUCUUUCUUGUUUUCAAUUCCUACCUUGAUUAUAUUUGGAAAAACUAAACUUCCAAAUGGAGAGAUUCAAUGUUGGGCUCUUUGGCCUGAUGACUCUUACUGGAAACCAUAUAUGACAAUUGUGUCCUUGCUGGUGUAUUUCAUCCCCUUGAUUAUUAUAAGUGUGAUUUACUUCAUUGUCAUAAGGACCAUAUGGGCAAAGAGUAAAGCACAUGCAGUGAUCAUUUCCAAUUGCACUGAUGGGAAGUUUUGUGCUAGUUACAGUCACCGAGGACUCAUAUCAAAGGCAAAAAUGAAAGCUAUAAAAUAUAGCAUUGUAGUCAUUCUUGCGUUCAUAUUAUGUUGGAGUCCAUACUUUCUUUUUGACAUUCUGGACAACUUUGAACUGCUUCCACAGACCAAAGAGCGCAUAUAUGCAUCUGUGAUUAUUCAGAAUCUACCAGUUUUAAACAGCGCUGUCAACCCAAUAAUAUACUGCGUAUUCAGCAACAAACACUGCCGCCUGUCAAGAGAUCGGAGUUCCGGAAAGCUUGGCACCCUCAGAGAUAAAACCGAAGGAGUAGAAAUGCAGUUGGUGUCCAGACCAGAACACAUCUAAUUUGUAGACUACUGAUGAGUAACAAUGUAAUCAAAUAAAAACUCAGCUGAAUACAUUAUGUUGCUCAUUCAUAACAGAAGACAAAAUGCAUAUUGCAUGCAAGGGCAUUUAUGAUGUAAAUAGUUUGCUAUGUAUGUGAAAUGUUUUGUACAGUGCAUCCGGAAAGUAUUCA